UGUCCAGUAUGACUCGUGUUACAGGAAAAAAUGAUCUGGCCUUCAUGAUUGACAGGCUAGUUAGAAAUCAAUCACUGAAGUUCAUUUUUAGAAGUGAAGAUAUCUUGCAAGGUCAAAUUUAUUGAUAUUAUGCACAAUAAUUAAUUUUCAACUUUAUAUUGAAACAUGCCUUAUGUUUCUAGUUCUCAGACUUGCAGUAUAUGAAGAGAAGUGGCCACAGGAAAAUGCGUGUUUUAUCUCUGUUUGAUGGUAUAGGUACAGGUAAAGUAGUGCUUGAUGAGCUAGGUCUAGACGUUGAUGUGUAUUACGCCUCUGAGAUCAAUCCUGAUGCCAUGCUGGUAGCAAACUUUCAUCAUCAUCCUGUACAGUUAGGUGAUGUGUGGCAACUCAGUAAAAGAAAGCUUGAAGAGUUGUGCCCUAUAGACCUGGUGCUUGCAGGUCCACCAUGUUAUGAUCUGUCCAUUGCCAACAUCAGCGGGAAAGGUUUCAAUGGAACUGGGAUACUGGUGUGGAGAUUUAUAUCUGUACUGAAGAGCAUAGAGACCAUAUGUAAGGGAACCAACCAUGUCUUCUGGCUGAUGGAAAAUACUGGUUCCAUGCUCAACAAGUAUAUUUCUCAAGAAUUCGGGAUGGAGCCUGUGGUAUGGGAUACAAAAUACUUUUCAGGACAGAGGCGAACCCGAAACUUCUGGGGGAAUAUUCCGGGAAUGUACAAUACUGCAAAAUUCCAUAAACAGUUGGAGAAAGAGAGAAAAAAUCUUGACUCUGCACUCAUCUCAAACUGUAAUAGGAAUGCACUGGUGAGUCAUACCCCUGGGAUCACUCUAUGUAGUAACUCCCUUACAGUUACCAGUGGUGUGAAGAAUACUCUUGUCAGUAUGAACAGGGAACCAGACCAUAUUUGGGUACAAGAACUUGAAAGAUUGUUUGGGUUGCCAGCACACUACACAGAUGUUGGUCAGUUGACACAUGAAGGCAGGAGGAGACUUAUUGGUAAAGCUUGGAGUGUGCCAGUUAUCAAGCAUCUUCUGGCACCAUUGAAAAACUAUUUCAAGGUCAAGGACACAUAGUCAAGUGGAGGUGCCAGUGUCCUGUAGGAAGACAUCUAGUUUAAUCUUGAGACAUUGUCUUUAAGUUGCUGCUGCUGAUAUUUUAAUACUGUUUGCUUGUUAUUGAGGGUACUCACGUUUCUAAUAUUAGGCCUAAGUAUUCCUAUGAUUAUUUGAGUGUAAGGAAUGUUAAUGUAAACUUUUUUUGCUUUUUUGCACCAUUAAACAAUAUACUUUGAAUUUGUGAUAAGAUUAGUUGCAAUGUUUACCAGCAGUUUUAAUGGAUAAGAGGAAUGGAAAUAUGCAUGUCUUGAAGGCGUGAAUGCUAGACAGGUUUUUAUAUUUUUGUAGGUUUUUAGCUCACCUGAACAUUUUGUAGGUUUUAGCUCACCUGAAUUCGAGGUUCAGGGAGAACUGUAUAUAGACUGAUGGUGUCCAGCUUCCAUUGUCCACAAUUUACAUUAAACAUCUUCUCUUCUGAAACUACUUGUCAGAAUUACACCAAACUUGGUUUGUAGCAUCCAGGCAAGGUCCUCAAACUUUUUCAAGUGAAUCUGCUUGUUCCCUUUCAGUGUCUGCUAGAGCUAAAAAUAAAAAAAAAGCCCUUUAUACGCUUUUUUCACAUGAAUCAUAUUAAGAGAUCUUCAUAAAACUUGGUCCUUAGCAAUGUUACAAGGUCCUCUCCAGAUAUUUGUCAAGUGGGGAUACUCGGCUCCUUUUAGAGGCUGUUAGAGCUAAAAAUAGAAAUACCUUUAAACAACAUGUUCUCACGGAGCACUUGACAAAUCUUCAUCAAACUUUGUCUGUUAUAGCAUUGUAAAGUCUUCUCCAAACUUUCUGCAGAUCUAUGGAUCGAGUCGACGUGAGUUCGAUCCCCGGGAGCAGUGUAGGUUCUCUGUGACGAUUUGAUAAAAGACAUUGUGUCUGAAAUCAUUCGUCCUCCACCUCUGAUUCAUACAUGUAGAGAAGUUGACAGUAACUUGCAGAGAAUAAGGUUGUACUGGUACAGAGUCCAGGAACACUGAUUAGGUUAGCUGCCAGCCGUUACCUAACUGAAAUACUGUUGAAAAACAGCAUUAAACCCAAAAUCAAACAAUCAAAUGGGGGACAAUUGAGGGGCUGCUGUAGCUAAAAAUAGAAAUACCUUUGUCAUUAAACUUGGUGUGUAGCUUUAUUAUAAGGUCAUCUCUAGAAAUGUUGAGAUAUGAAGGUGCUUAGCCCCUUUAAGGGACCACUAGUGCUAACAAUAGAAAUAUAUUUAAACAACUACUUCUAAAGAAGAGCUUGAUGGAUAUUCAUCGAACUUAGGCUGUAGCAUCAUUAUGAAGUCCUCUUCCAAUUUUGUUGAUAUGGGAGCUCUUGGGCCCCUUUUAAGGGUUGCUAGAGGGGAAAAAAGAAGUACCUUUAAAUGACUUCUUCUCAUGAACCACUUGGUUGAUCUUUAUCAAACUGUCUGUCGCAUUAUUAUGAUAUCUUCUCCCAGUUUUGUUAUGGAGGAGGUGCUUGCUUUCUUUUAUGAGUCACUAGAGCUAAAGAUAGAAAUCUAUUUAAACAGCUCUGUGUGAACCACUUGAUGGAUUUACAUAAAAAUAGAAAUACAUUUAGUUGACUUCUUAGGAACCAUUUGAUGGAUCUUCCUCAAACUUGGUCUGUAGUAUCAUAAUAAUGUCCUCUCCCACAUUUUUAGCUCACCUGAGCCAAAGGCUCUAUUUUGAUCGCUCACCGUCUGGUGUCUGUCCAUCGUCCGUCCACACUUUCCUUUAAACAACAUCUCCUAAACCACCAAUCCAAUUUUGAGGAAACUGCACAGGGAUGAUCCUUGGAUGGUCUUCUUUAAAACUUUUUAGAAGAAUUGAAUUCCAUACAGAAUUCUGGUUGCCAUGGCAACCGAAAGGAAAAACUUAAAACAUUUUCUUGUCCAAAACCACAAGGCCUAGGGCUUUGUUAUUUGGUAUGUAGCAUCAUCUAUAGGUCCUCUACCAAGCUUGUUCAAACUAUACCCCUAGGAUAUAAUAUGGCUCCGCCCUGGGGGUCACAUGGUUUCUAUAGACUUGUAUAGGGAAAAACUUCGAGAAUCUUCUUGUCGAAAAUCACAGGGCCUAGGGCUUUGAUAUUUGGUAUAUAGCAUCAUCUAGUGGGCCUCUACCAAAAUUGU